AUGAAAGUUAAGUGUAGUUCAGGAGGAAAAUUUACAGAUUGUCUCUAUAAACCAAAAAAUGAAUUCAAAAUAAAAUACAAACGAACCAAAGAUGACGAAUUACUUGAUUAUUUCUUUGCAAGUAUAGCGACUGCCGAACAUCAAAAUAAAACCCCUAACGAUAUUUUCGAUAAAAUUAAAAAAAAAAUAGAAAACACAUACAAUAUCGAUGAACUGGCAAAAGAUGGUCCACUCGAUAAAGAGAUUCAGAACACUAAAUUGAACGAUAAUCAAAAAGAUCAAUUGCAAAAAAUACGUAUCAAUCAGGAAACAAUGGUUUUGAAAUAUAAUAACAUAAAAGAUGGUAUCAAUAAAGAAACAGAAAUUUCUAACCUUAGAGAUUUUGGAUAUUG